GAAUCGGACGGACGUGAUAGAUUCUAGAAUAGUGAAUAGAAGUUCAAGUUAUAAUAAAUCUCAACUUUCAAACAAUGUGGGACGACUUCAUAGACUAUUUAAAAGACCCUUUGUUGGUCGUCAAAGUGCAGAACUUUUUUGGAGUUAUAUACAAGAGCAGUGUUCGUGAUAACGAAGGUGAUGGUGAAGUCAUACAUUCCGAGAGGUUGGAACGUGAGAAGGAUAAUGAAAGUGAUAUUAGGCAGCACAAGCGGGCGCCCAGCAACAUCUCUAGCAGUUCUCAAACCUCAUACGAUACGGAUACUUCAGGCGAGAGCGUGGAUGAGGUCGAGUGCCAUAUCAACAACAAGUUCUGGUACUGGCUAUUUGUACUUGGUACUGCACUUGGGGAUGAGAUAUUCUAUGCCACAUUUAUACCCUUUUGGUUCUGGAAUAUUGAUGGUGCGGUCGGCAGGAGAGUCAUACUUGUCUGGACUGUUUGUAUGUACAUAGGACAAGGUGUGAAAGACAUAAUCCGGUGGCCCCGUCCGGGGUAUCCGGUCAAGAAACUACAAACCAAAUGGGCCAUUGAGUAUGGCAUGCCGUCCACACAUGCAAUGGUCGGAGUUUCAAUACCAUUCUCCGUGCUGCUGUACACUAUGGACAGAUACGAGUACCCGGUUCACUGGGGUGCCUUGAUUGCCGUCUCGUGGUGUACACUUAUCUGCGUCAGUCGCGUGUAUCUUGGCAUGCACAGCGUUCUGGACAUAGCAGCGGGCCUGCUCAUGGCUUCAGGCCUGCUAGUGCUCCUGAUACCUAUGGUGGACGCGCUGGACGACUGGCUGCUCACGCACUGGCUGUCCCCAGCAGUCGUGCUGGCCGUGUCCGUGCUGGUCAUCGUGUACCACCCCAACGCGGACAAGUGGACGCCCACCAGAGGCGACACGACCAUGAUCGUGAGCGUGUGCGCCGGCAUCCUCACGGGCUCCUGGACCAACUACCAGCUCGGCAACCUGGCGCCCGCCUCCACCCCUCCCCCCUACACCAUCAUCUGGCCCUCCAUCGACAUGCUCGGCAACACCAUCCUCAGAACCAUUCUCGGCUUCUGCGGUGUUGUAGCCACCAGGGCUAUAGGUAAAUCAGUCUCUUAUGCCUUCAUCUGUGCUUUAUUAGGAAAGGAUAAAAACGAAUUAAGGAAUUCGGAGAACAGUCUAGAUAAUAAAAAUAAAAUAAUCGUAGAAUUAUGCUACAAGUAUUUCACGUGUGGUAUGAUAGGUUUCAACACGGUCUUCGUUUUCCCUAAUGUGUUCUAUUUGCUUAGGAUUAAUAGGCCGACGUAUUAUACUGAGAUUUGAUACUAGUCGUUUCUAUUAUUUUCGACAUUCCACACACGAUUUAAAGGCCUGAAGGGCCUUUAAAUCGGGGUUUUCCGAGUGUUUUUAUUAUAGUGUGGUUUAAUAAUUUGGAAGUAGUCUGGCCAGCCAUUUGUGUCAGGAACAAAGUACCUGAAACCACCCCUUUUUUGAUGUAAUGCAGUGUUAGAAAUUUACUCGUAAAAGAGAUAGAAGGAGUCUUUUCAGCCACUUUUUGGUGACAUGGUUGAUUGGCCUGACUAUAGUGUUUUUAGUUGUUUACUUUAGAUAUCAUCAAUUCUGUGAUUUGUUUACUUUAUACCUAAAGUUAAAGUAGGUACCUAUACUUUGAAUGUCGUUUAAAAUAUUUGUAAUGUAAUGUCACAUUACUAAUGUGGGUCAUUAGUUCUAUAUUUAAAUUGUCUUUUUUUUUCUAAUGUUGGUCUUGAACAGGAAAACAAAUAUAAAAUGGAAUCAUUAGUUUAAUUUAAACUUUAAAGGAAAAAGUUUAACAAUGUUUUCUGAUCAAAACCACAAACAAAACCUGUGCUUUAUUAGAAAUGCUGUAGGUUUUGGCAGUCAAUUACGUUCUUCAAGAAUUAUUUGUUACAUGAAUGAUUGUUUAGAAAAACCUCGGUUAGUUAGAAACGGCGGGGCCACUGGGAAACUCGUAGUGUUGCGGUCACCUGGUUUUUACACGGUGAAAAACUUUGGAUUUCCUUAUGAGGAAAAAACGAAGCUAUUUAGAUAAAUCGUUAAUAUUUUAUUGCAGUUCGACAAAAUUUAUGAUUUUAAGGGAAAAUGUGAUAUAAGAAAUACCUACAGUCAAUAAAAUAAAUAAGCGAAAGGUAUCUACUUUGAUUUUUCUAGUAGUUCUCUGAUUUGUAGGUACCAUCAUACACUAUUUCAAAGGUCAAACAUUGGUACGGUCUACAUUAAAUAAUUGUAAGUACAGUCAAGGGCAAAGAUAUGACCUUACCAAAAAUAUGUAUUAGCUAAGUUUAGCGCAAAGUGCGUAGUGCGGGAGCUAAAAGCCAAGAUCGCGCCAGACGUUACCUAUAUGUGAACUUUUUUAGUGGGCUCAUCAUACUAUCUGGUCUAUCUGACAUUAAAAAGAGUACAUAUGUUUGAAAAAAAUUGCCGCAAAUAUAUUUGCACUUUUUAUACAUCGACGGUGGCAAACAAUCGUACGGUAUGUAGAGAGUACGAGUAAGCUGUAGCGCCUAUGUAUUAUGUUAUGUAUUUUAACACCAUAAAUAUAUCCAAUACUUUAAUGAUACCUCCUGUCAGUGAAUUUAACAUGUGACUGUUAUAUUGUAUUACUCUAUUCCCUAUACCUAUCUACUACCUACACUGCACCUUAUUAUUUAUUUAAGUACACAAAUAUUGUGUGUAUGUAUAGUUUAAUAUUUGAACACAAAACCAAAAUUGGUCUAUAGCUAUAUGGUACCUACCUUAGUAGUAUUAGUAAUGUUACACAAAUUAUAAUUAGUAAUAAAUAGUAGUAGUUUUGAUUAUUAUAGUAAAUUGUUAUUUUUUUAUCGCCAAAACUAAGUCGUCGGUGCCUUGAUAGUCUUGAUACAUUAUUUUGCUAGCGGUAUGUAUAAUUUUGUUUGUAUUUUUAUAUAUAGGGCUGAAUGUCAAGCUUAGGAAUGAAAAUUCCGGAAAAAAUCAAUUUUUUUUCGGGAACUGAAAAAUUUCUUUUUUUUCGGUUUUUUUCCAGUUCUAUUCAGAAAAAUUAAAUACGUCACACACAAUGCCACUGAUGAGUGAUGACAGUGUCAAUGCCAUAAACAAACACAUUAGACAUGCAACCUUAACCUAGUACUUGUUUAAAUUCCUAAUUUUUUUUUCGCUCAAGAUGUGAACGAGGUGGUAUACCGUAUAUCUCUUGUAAACGUACUUGCGUAUAUGUACAUUGAUUUUAGUUAUUUGACAUGUACCUUAAAAAAAAAGUGUUCCGUCUUGAAUCCGCCUUUCAAGUUUUGUUUAAAUUAGUUAUGCUUUGUACAUGUACCUAAUACUAACACUUUUAUGGGCUUUGCCUGAAAUAAUGUAUUUAUUAUAUUAUUAUUAAUUGGCGUUCGAAAAAUGUUGUAAACAAUAAUUAAUUAAGCAAACUUGCCUUUGAAUAUUUUUACUGGUUUGCGUGUUCAUAAGGCAUUGAUUAGUGUAGAUUUUAUUUAGAUAUUAUAAAAAUCAUCACAAAUAACUUGAAUAAAUGGGCAAACGCUCGGCAUCAAAAUUAUAGGGUAACCUACUCAAUGAUUGCACCUUAGAAGUACAGUCAUUGGCCUCUAUUUUUCUAGGAAAAUCACCACUGUUGCAUUUAAACAAGGUUGAAGAGGCCAAUCAAUGGAGAGGGAUCAACAUUUGUUUAGUUUACCCUAUUUGAGGUAAGUAUGUACAAUGACUACCUACCUAUAGCGUUUUUGCAUGAACUUUAUGUAUGAUUUGAACAUUAUAUUUACGUAUUGAUUUGACGUCUUUGUCAUUGCAUCGAAACGUAACCGUACCGCACAAUACAUUGUUAUGCCUAUUAUGUACCUGAUAAGGUUUAAUGUUCUAUUGCACUCUCAAUUCAAAUAUGUAUAUUGUACCUACCUACAAUGAACAAGAUUAUGAGUGUCAAGAGUUCGAGAUUACGAAAAUAAAUUGAAUUAUUCUAAG